AUGGCGGAUGAGCAUGAUACCAUCCGCUUUCCAGCCAACAAGGGCAUUGCGGGUUACGUGGCCACCACGGGACAGCCCCUCAACAUCCCGGAUGCGUACGCCGAUGACAGAUUCAACCGCUCCAUUGAUGAGAAAACUGGCUUCCACACGCGCAACAUUUUGUGUAUGCCCAUUUUCAACGCGGACAAAGUGGUGCUGGCCGUUGCUCAGCUUGUCAACAAGCGUGGCACUGAGCCGUUUCAUGACAGCGACGAGAAGUCUUUUGAGAUUUUUGCGGCCUACUGCGGUUUGGCCUUGCAGAAUGCUCAGCUGUACGAUCAGCUGAAGCGGGAUGCUGCGCGUCGCCAGGUGGCUUUGGAAAUGAUCUCCUACCACACGCGUGCACACCCCCGUGAGGUGGAAGAGCUCAUGGAACGUGAGCCCGAAGAGGAGCUGGCCCACCGCCUUCGCAGCAUCACCUUCGAUCCCCUCACUGUCGAAGGUGAUACCACAUUGGUCGCCUGCAAGGCCAUGUUCCGCGACAGUGGUCUGAUGCGGGCUUUCCGCAUUCCCCACGACACGCUCUGUGCGUGGCUGAUCUGUCUUCGUCGGUCUUACCGUGACGUGCGCUACCACAACUGGAAGCACGCCUUCAACGUUGGACAAUUCUUGUAUGGCAUGAUCUCUUCGUCGGAGAUUAAGACGCAGUUUACCGAUCUUGAAAAGUUGGGCUUGCUGGUCGCUGGCUUUUCUCACGACUUGGACCACCGAGGCACCAACAAUGCCUUUGAAAAGAAGUACUCAACCGCCCUGGGCGACCUGUACUCCACGUCUACCCUGGAGCAUCACCACUUUGAUCGUGCCAUCAGCAUUCUCAAUGCCGAGGGUCACAACAUCCUCAAGCACCUGACUUCCAAGGAGUACAAUGAUGUCGUCCAUUUCAUUGAAAAGGCCAUUCUUGCCACCGACUUGAGCAAGCAUUUCAAGCACCGCAGCAUGUACAAGGAGCUUGUUGACUCCAAGACCUUUGACAUCACCAAGCCCGACCACCACUUCCUCCUGCGCAACAUCAUCAUGACGGCCGCUGACUUGUCUGCAGCCACAAAACCCUUCCCCGCGCAGCGUCGCGUGGCUGAACUUGUUUACUCGGAGUUUUUCGAUCAAGGCGACCUCGAGAAAGCCUUGGGCACUUCUGCCUCUGAGCUGCAAGACCUUCUCAACCGCCAAAAGGUCUCGGAGUUGCCCAAGAUGCAGGUGCGUUUGCAGGACCUGGUACCUCGUGCCAUCAUCCACGCUCGUUUGUAG